AUGGGACUCGGAGUCCUUGAGGAUAACAAGCUUCCGCACGUACCGGGCACUGUUUUGCUGAACGACGAGGCUGCGCAUGCCGAAGCUCAAACAGCAAAUCUCAAGCAUGGAACCGGCAAAAACUCCCACAUCGUGCUGUCCCCACAGCCGAGUGAUGAUCCCAACGACCCGCUUAACUGGUCGCUCUUGAAGAAAGAGGCCAUCAUCUGGAUCCUCUGUCUCGGUGCAAUGUUGAAUGCUGCCACCAACGGACCGUUUCUGAACGCCUCGUACUUCGCUAUCUCUGAGCUCAUCAACACUGAUCUCACAACCACCGUGAUGGUGUCCGGCUACAAUAUUCUCGCAGCUGGCUGUGCUGGCCCAUUCGUCUGUGCGUUCAGUCGUCGAUAUGGGAAGCGACCUGUAUUCCUGGUAUCCACGCUUUUUUGCAUUGUUGGUACCGCCAUUGGAGAGGCGAAAGCGAGCUACAACUACCUACUGGCAGCUCGGAUCGUCCAGGGGUUUUCCACCAGCGCAUUCGAAUCUUUGAUUGUAGCAGCCGUUGGAGAUCUCUUCUGCGUGCACCAACGAGGCCUCCGGAUUUCGACUAUCAAUUUCAUCCUGAACUCUGCCUCGAGCCUGGCUUCGAUCAUUUGUGGUCAAGUGUACAACGAUCUUGGUCUCCUCUGGCUAUUCCACCUGUUCCAAAUUUUCCUGGUCAUCCAAUUCGUGCUUAUGUUCUUAUUCGUUCCGGAGACCACAUAUCGCCGUGAAUCGAUAUAUGAUACCGACAUCGUGAAGGUCGAAACCUUUGAGCAAAUCGACAAAGCACAGGAAGAGCACCGUGAACACGCCAUUGCCGUCAAGGAACUGAACGAACCUUCGGCACACAACUCCCAUAUCCCACCGAAGAAGACGUUCGUCCAGGAACUCAAAGUGUACAACGGGAUAUUCUCGCAGGACAGCAUCAUCAAGUGGAUCUUCGGAAUGUUCCUUACUCUCCUGAAUCCGGCGGGAUGCUAUUCGAUCAUUGUCUCCGGUUUGCUCUGUGCUUGGUAUGUCGGCUCGGCAAUCAUCCUUGCUGGGAUCUUCGCUGGCCCGCCUUGGUCAUUCGAUGCCGCUCAAAUUGGAUACCUUGGGACCGGACCUUUCGUCGGCGGCAUGAUCGGUUCCCUUUUCGUGGCGCUGGCAGGAGACAAGGUUAUGAAGUGGAUGACAAUCAAGAACAAGGGAACCUACGAACCCGAGUUUCGACUAGUCUUCAUGCUCCCAUGUGCCGUGUUCUCUGGCUUCGGCAUGUUCUUCUUUGGCUACACCAUGGCUCACGGCUCCAAUGCGAUUCUCUGUGCGUUCUGCCAGGGGAUGAUGAUGGUCGGCGUCCUCAUUGGCGUGUGGUCCACGAUGUCCUAUGGUUUGGAUGCUUUCCGCAGCCAGAGUAACGAGAUGUUUGUAAUGAACAUGCUCUUCAAGAACUUCAUGUUUUACGGCCUGUCAAACUUCGCCAAUAACUGGGUCGCCGCUAAAGGACCCGAGGAGAUAAUGUUUACUUUUGGCGGGACAACUUUGGCAAUGUGCGUUCUAGCCAUUCCCGUGUACAUAUACGGCAAGAAGCUUCGAAGCUGGUGGACCAGACACGACUUGUUCGUCAAGUUCAAGAUGCAGGCGACUGGACCGGAGAGCCACAUGGGUUGA